AACAGUCACUAGGGUCUUUUACACAUUGAGAACUGGGAAGGAGCAGUCACCAGUCGCAGUAAUGACAAGGCCAAGUGUGAGCUGUCUCCUGCUGGUAAUACUCAUUGGUACUUCAUCAGGCACAGAUGUGGGAAAUUCCACGAAAAACGAAGAGCCUGUUAGAAGUGCUACGGUCCUUGAAGAUGUCCCAUCUACCAAAGACUUUAUAGAGUCUUCAGAACUUGCUGUGGUUGGAUUUAUCCAGGAUCCAGAAGCACCAGAGGUUCAAGAAUUUAAUAAACUUGUGAGCAAGCAUCAAGAAUGGGAUUAUGGAAUAAGCACCAGCAAAGAAGUUUUAAAGCACUUCAAAAUCGAAGGCAACACAGUGACACUGUUCCGGCAGGUAGACAACAGGAGAGAUGACUUAAUAUUAAAAGACCACCCAGGAAUCAAUACUGAGAAACUCUUUCGUUUCUUGACUGUUAAUGAACUGAGAAUGGUGACAGAUUACAAUGCAGUGACAGCUAUUGGACUUUUAAACAGCAAAGUUCAAAUCCACCUGCUCAUGUUCAUAGACAACGGAUCAAAGAACCAAGAGGAAAUACUGAAGGAAUUUCGAGAGGCAGCAACGGAGCUGAAGGGGAAGGUUCUGUUUGUGAAAGUGAACAUGGACAUCAAAAGCAAUGAGAAAGUAAUGUCUUACUUCCAGCUAAAAAGAAGUGAUUUACCAAGAGUGGUCAUUUUUAAUAGUGAAGAUGAGACCAAAAAAAUCCUGCCUGCUGGUCCUAUAACUGCCACACGCCUCAAAGAUUUCUGUUCUGGGUUUUUGUCCGGGAAGAGUACGGAGGAAGAGUCAGACAAGAAAGAAGAUAAAACAGAAUUAUAAUGUAUACCUACUCUUGUACAACUAUAUAUAUGAUUAACAUUAAAAUGUGUUUGAAAAAAAUAAAAUCAGCUUUUCUAAUGAA